AUGGAGGCAGCGGUGCCUGUGCCUGAAGGUUCUUCCGAAGAACCACAACCAGCAGAACCACCAGAAGGGACACCGAGGGCAGCGUCUGAGGGGUCUAGUGGAAACCCUUGGGCACGUUCUGACCCUUGGUCAGAAGGACGGCGGCGUGGAGCAGAAGUACGUGCUCCUGCCCUUGAACAAGAGUUUCUGCAGUUCCUCCAGUGGCGACAGACCAAUCAGACCUAUGGCAUGGGUCCAGCUCAUGGACAAUAUGGAGGUGCCAACCAAGGUCUAUGGCAAGCUGCGAGGGAUGAGCAGGAAAGGACAACAGCAGGUCCUCCACCAGAAUGGGAUGGACUGAGCACGGAGUUCAAGGACUACAAGAUCAAGGCUCGAAUUUGGCUGAGGACAACGCGCACUCCUCCACAUGCCCGAGGUCCUCUCUUGCUGAAGAAUCUCACUAAGGGCCCCUGGGAGGACUUGAAGUACCUGGCCAAUGAUGAGUCAUGGAUGACUGACCCUGAGAAUGGCACCAAGCUGAUCAACCUCAUGGACUCCCGAGAGUUCUAUGGUGAAGAAAAGCGAGAAUCGAUGCUUGCAGCAUGUGCUCGCCUUACCUACCACUUGAAGCGGCAGAAGGGCGAGACGGCCCGGGCUUUCAUGACAAGAUGGGAUUCCGCUGAAAGGAAGAUCCGUGAGCAUGACGUGAAGCUCCCUCAGGAGUACUUAGGCUUCUUGAUGGUGAAUGCCCUCCAGCUGGACUCCGAGAAGACCAAACUUCUCCUGAACUAUACCAAGGGAUCCUUGCAGGUCUCUGAUGUUAAGGAUUGGCUGCGGAUCCAUGAGACUGACUUGGACAUGGGCAACUUGGGUAAUGACCGAAAGAAGUCAUCGGUGAACUUCCUCACUGACAAUGACGAGGCCAAGGAGGUUCAGCUCAUGGACAUUCCUGAGGAGAACGAGGUUGAUGACGAAGAGGCGGCGGAACUUCUUCUGACCACCAUGGCAGACCUGGAAGAGCCCAAUGAGAACUCUGACGAGAUGGUCACCCUCACUGAGUCUGAGACCAAAGAGAUCUUGAUGACUAUGGUCAAGGACUCGAGAAACAAAGGCCGAAGUUUUGCAGGUGCCUUGAAGGCCAAAAAGAACCGAGAUCUAGCUCGUGGCUAUGGUGCUGGGAGAGAUGGAAUCAUGAAGCCUGGCACCUAUGAGGUUUCGAUCUCUGAGCUGAAGAAACGCACCAAGUGCAACUCUUGCGGAGUUGUAGGGCACUGGGCCCGUGAGUGCCCGUCCAAAUCUCGGAGGAGCUCUGACACCCAUGGUAAGAACGAGCACUUCAAGGCCAAGUUGAAGGAGGUGAACUUCCUGUCUCAAGAGAUGCCAAGUUUUGCUGAAAGCGAAUUUUUCUAUUUAGAAUCUGGAGCGUCCAAUGGCAGCAAUGGUCCUGCCUCUGACAGCAUGGAUCUGUCUCGUGCCUCUCGAGAGUACAUUGUGCGGAGUCGAGAUGAAUAUGAACUCAUGCAGACCACGACGGUGAAGUCUCCGACACCUUCGACUUUUGGCUCAACCCAGAGCGAUGGAAGCGAGAGCCGGAGUGUCCUCCAGGCUUGGGUCCGCUUGACCUUGCGGGCACUGAUGAUCAUCAGCAAUGCGGUGCAGCAUCGAGUUCAGCACCAACUCCGCAUCCCUGGGCCGCGGGGAGUGCUAGCCCGGCAGAUUGUGGAGAUGGGCGAGCUACUCGAAACAAUCCAGCUCGACAAGGUGGUCAACCAGCUCAGUCAAGCACUUCAAGAACGUUCCUUGAGGGAAGUGGAAUCCAGAUCCCUGACACCGAGCGAGUGGUCUCGGGUGACAUCAGCUCGAGCACCAGCUCAAAGGGGAGCCUCCUCCAGUCGAGCAGCACCACUGACUCCCAGAUCAAUGCCUGCGACACCGGUGGAAGUUCCUCCAUCGCCGGGAUGUCGUCGUCCAGCCAGCUCGGCGGAGAUUCCGGCCGAGAUGAAUGUCAACAGCGAGACACCGCAGUGCCAUUGCAACCACGAUGCAGCCUUAUGGAUUUCCAAGACCGAGAAGAAUGCCGACCGUCUCUUUUGGCGAUGCGGCCGGGAGAGGAGCCAACAAUGCAGCUUCUUCCAAUGGCUGACAUACCAGCCACUUCGCCCAGAUCUGCAGAGCAAUUCGAACAUGGAGUAUUUCAUCAAGAAGCAACAAGAUCUUUGCCCUCACAAACGAACCACGAAGGAGGGAUCCAACGGCCUGCAGAGCAAGGUGAAGUGCAAGGACUGUGGAAAGCUGCUUCGGGACGAGCUCACAGAAGCUGGCCGGAAACUCCAGCAAACUCGAGCGGCCAAGCAAGAGGCAACAUCGUGGAGCUCAAUGGAAAGUCAAUCCAAGAUGGAGCGGGACAACAAGGACUUCCAAGAGUUCUUGCUGUGGCGCAAGUCUCAGCGUCAGAUGGAGGAGACCUCCCAGAACCAAGCGGCCGAUCGCAAUCGCCGCAGCAGCCUCUUCAUGUGA